AUGGUGCAGGCUGAACCCAGUGUUCAGGAGGUGAGUCUCCCCGCCAGAGAUGGGGCGCAGUACCAGGAUGAGUAUGAGGUACACUGGGACGAGGAUGAUGCCGCCAACCCACAUACCAUGAGUUCGAAGAGCAAAUGGGCCAUCGUGAUUCUCGUCUCGUCCAUGACACUCUGCGUCUGUGUCACGAGCUCCCUCUACACGACUACCUACCACCAGAUCAUGGUUGAAUUCAACUGCUCUCGGACCGUCGCAACUCUCGGACUGAGCUUCUAUAUUGCUGGGCUUGGAUGGGGACCGAUGGUUAUGAGUCCUUUGUCCGAGUUCUACGGUAGAAGACCGAUUUACCUCGUUUCGCUGCCUCUUUUCGUUAUAUUCCUCGUCCCCUGUGCCGCGGCCCACAAUAUACAGACCAUGUUAGUCGCAAGGCUCUUGGAUGGGCUCGCCGGAGCAGCCUUUACGUCGGUCGCAGGGGCCACAGUGGGUGAUAUGUACAGCAAGAGCACUUUGCAUAGUCCGAUGCUGGUAUAUACGGCCUCACCAUUCACAGGGGCUAGUUUGGGUCCUGUACUUGGUGGAUUGAUAAACAGUUGGGCUUCAUGGCGGUGGUCAUUCUACUUCCUGCUCAUCUGGUCAAGCGUGCAAUCUAUCCUCGUCAUGAUAUUUGUCCCUGAAACCUAUCACCCCGUGCUGCUGCGCAAUCGAGCUCGCAAACUGCGCCAGGAAACCGGGGAUGAGCGAUGGCGAGCCCCGAUCGAAAAGAUGGAUCGCUCUGUGCUGAAGACAGUCCUACGCUCCCUCUAUCGCCCGUUCAUGCUCCUCAUUCUCGAACCAAUGUGUCUCAACCUCUGCAUCCUGUCCGCCAUCGCCCUCGGCGUUCAAUACCUCUUCUUCGGCGCAUUCGGGGUGGUCUACGGCAACGCAUAUAAUUUCAAACUCUGGCAGUCAGGACUGGCCUUCUUGGGCCUUUUGGUGGGAAUGAUCCUUGCCGUUGUGAUUGAUCCGUUAUGCUGCAAAAUCUACCCCUACUUCUCCAACCAGCCUGGCGAACAAGACACCACAGCAGACAAAGAACCCGAGUCUCGUCUUCCCCCCGCCGUCAUCGGGGCACCGCUUCUCACAAUCGGACUAUUCUGGUUCGGAUGGACCGCCACCCCCUCAGUCCACUGGAUCGUCCCCAUCAUCGGCAGCGGCAUCUUCGGAGCCGGCAUGAUCUUCGUAUUCCAAGGUAUAUUCACAUUCUUCGUUGACGCAUACCCCCUCUACGCCGCUAGCGCUCUCGGCGCGAACAGUUUCACGAGAAGUACCUUUGCCGCGGCGUUUCCGCUCUUCGGUGUCGCUAUGUACCAUAAAUUGGGGGACCAGUGGGCGACGUCGCUUUUGGCGUUUUUGAGUCUGGUGAUGGCGCCGUUUCCGUAUAUUUUUUUGAGGUACGGGAAGAGGAUUAGGAGGAGGAGUCGGUUUGCG